AUGCAAGCCAUAGCUGACGAUUUCAGUCGUUCCAGUGUUUUCACUGAAUUGAACGAUGAGCAGACUUUGAGAGAAAAUUUUGUGCUGGGAGACUCUCAAUUCAAACAAUUAGCACCAAGCUUAUCCAUGCCACCAAUUAGCACACCGCAACAAUUUUUGAGAGCUCACACCGAUGAUUCAAAGAAUCCAGAUUGUAAGAUUAAGAUUGCCCAUGGUACGACAACGUUGGCGUUCAGAUUUAAAGGAGGAAUUAUCGUGGCGGUAGAUUCUCGUGCCACUGCAGGUCAAUGGAUUGCUUCACAAACGGUGAAGAAAGUUAUCGAAAUCAACCCAUUUUUGCUAGGUACCAUGGCCGGUGGUGCUGCUGAUUGUCAAUUUUGGGAAACUUGGUUAGGAUCACAAUGCCGUUUACAUGAAUUAAGAGAAAAGGAAAGGAUUUCCGUCGCAGCAGCAUCAAAGAUUUUGAGUAAUUUGGUUUAUGAAUAUAAAGGGGCUGGUUUGUCAAUGGGUACCAUGAUCUGUGGGUAUACAAAGAAGGAGGGCCCAACCAUUUAUUAUGUCGAUUCUGACGGAACAAGAUUGCAAGGUGACCUAUUCUGUGUGGGUUCAGGGCAAACAUUCGCUUAUGGUGUUCUAGAUGCUAAUUACCGUUGGGAUCUAUCGGUAGAAGAAGCGCUAUAUAUAGGGAAACGUUCUAUUCUUGCAGCUGCUCAUCGUGAUGCUUAUUCGGGUGGGUCCAUUAACUUAUAUCACGUCACCGAAAACGGAUGGGUUUAUCAUGGUAAUCAUAACGUAGAUACUUUAUUCUGGGAAAUAAAAGAAAAGGAGAAAUCAUUCAAUAAUGUGGUAAGUCAAUAA